CUUUUGCAAGUGAGGAUAAUUGGUGCGGGCCCACUUUGAAUAUCUGGAGUUACGUGAAUAUAUUUGUGACUCCAUAAGGAAUUUGAGUAGAUACGAUUAAUAAGUGAUAUUGUUGUUUACCUGUCUUUUGAUGAUUGGUUUUCUUGAAUUGUUGAAAUUGGUUGCUUGUGUGUGGAAACAUUGAGUUUAUCUUUAUCUCAUUGAAUGAAUCUUGUCUCUCUUCUUUCAUUCCUUUGCUGUGUCUUCUGAUUUAGUUUUGUUUGAAAGCUAGCAUUGGUGGCUAAAAUGAUCACAACUCUUAAAAAAAUCCAGUCUUGAUUGGAUUGGAAAUUUGAGGAAAUUUCUACUCAAGAUGGAUGAGCUAUUGCUGAUUGCUGACUGCAGUUCUUGAACUGAUGGUUGCGGUUUUGGAUUUCUUUUAAGCUCGAAUCAUCGCAGAAUUCCUUCAAUUUUCAGUCUGUUCAUGGAUCAUUGAACAUGGCUCCUGCAUUAUUCAAGAAAAAGCGUUCGAAUGAAGUCGAAGCCUCUGGGGCUCUAUCGAGAUCUCUGCACGUUCUACCUGCACUCUCCGAAGAAAAGUACCCCAAGCUUCCCGAUUCGCCACAGGUUACAUUAGCGCACGAACUGACCACAGACCUACUAACAUCCGACACCAGAACAGCCGGGCAUUCGUUCUCGUCGGCCUCUGUUAGUCUCAGUCAUUCCUCCUCUUUCUCGCCCGACUCAAGCCGUUUGAGAGUUCCACCUUUCAUCUCCGAGGCAUUGAACGACAGGGGAUCUUUCCACUCGAGCCAAUCUUCCCCUACCGUUGCUAGAGAUGGCCAGCCGGAAAGUAAUGACGUUUCAUGGACUAUGGACACCUCGGAUGCGCCUCCUCCCCACAGAGACGUGGUGCCAUCGGAUGACUCAGCUAGGAAAACAGACUGGCGGGAGUGGGCCGAUCAGUUAGUCACACCGGACGACACGCUUGAUUUGAACUUGAGUGAUCUUCUUGUUGAUGUCAAUGUUCCAGAUCUUGAUGCCAAGCUGCUCGAAUUGCCACCAAACUUCGCAACGUACCAACCUCAGAUCCAGGAGCGUCACCUUCUUACAGUUUCUACUGCGCAGACGCUUCCUGCGGUCGCCUCUCCAUGUCCUUCGCCAGCAACCAAGGCACGGAUGCGUUGGACGCCUGAGCUGCACGAAGUUUUCUCAGAGGCUGUUACAAAACUAGGUGGUGGCGAACGAGCUACGCCAAAAGGCGUGUUGAAGCUCAUGAACGUCGAAGGCCUCACAAUCUACCACGUUAAGAGCCACUUGCAGAAAUACAGAACCGCGAGGCACAAGCCGGAGUCCUCAGAAGUUUUGGAUGUAGGAACACCGGAAAAGAAAACGAGGAAUCUUGCUGAAACGGCACCUCUGGACCUGAAGACUGCAAUGGAGAUAACUGAAGCGCUCAGAUUGCAGAUGGAAGUUCAGAAGCAGCUUCACGACCAGCUUGAGAUUCAAAGAAAUCUGCAGCUUCGGAUCGAAGAACAAGGGAAGCAUCUCGAGUUGAUGUUCGAGCAGCAGCGGAAGAUGGAGGAAGAUAAACAGAACGCCUCGUCGUCAAAUAGGGGCGAUAACAGCCCAUCUCCAACGGCAGAAACGCAACCUUGCGUUGGUAAAACUGACGCAGAAUCCAGCGCCAAAGUGGCCUCGCCUCUCGAGCAUUCGGAAAAGGAGUCCUCCGAGGACCAUGAGGCGAAUGCAGGUGGCGAAAGCAGCCCCCCGACGAAACGAGCCAAGACCGAAGAGACAGAAGACUCUCCCAAGAAAUCAAUUGAUGUCACAAUCUGAAUGUUUUGAGGUGAAUCCACUGCUUUCGGUAUCCACGUGUAUGUCAUGCUAUAGCUCUUCGAGAAACCUAGGAAAUGUUGAUAGAGGUAUUAUGCAUAUUUUUCCGACAAAAGAAUUCGGCUCGAAUUGACUGCGUUCUUAACUCUUGUCCUGUUUUUUUCUACAAAAGAAUUCGGCUCGAAUUAACUACUCUACUCUGAAUCUAUGAUUGUAUAUUCUUUUGCCGGCAUUAAUUAAUUAAAUGUCUAAUCUAAUCGAUACGAUUGGCGCGGUGUUUCAACACCUCGUCCCUUAAGCAUGAGGUCAGAGAUUCAUGCA